AUGGGGGGCAUGGAGUGCGACGAGGGACCGGCGAUCGGCAUCGACCUCGGGACGACCUACUCCUGCGUGGCCGUGUGGCGGCAGUCGCACAACCGAGUGGAGAUUAUCCCCAACGACCAGGGCAACCUCACCAUGCCCUCCUGCGUUGGCUUCACCGAGGCUUGGAGGCUCAUCGGCGACGCGGCUAUGAACCAGGCCGCCAUGAACCCCGUCAACACCGUCUUUGGUAAGGACCGUACCACAGACAUCUUCCGCUAA